AUGCUCACGGGUAUUCUUGUGUAUCUCUAUUUCAUUCUACAAGCUGUGAUUGUAUUUCUCGUUUCUAUCGACGGCGAUUCGAAGUGGAGCCAUGAUUUUCUCAUCAAAGAUGUUGCCGGAAUGUUCUUUCUUGCUCUCAUAACUCUUGGUUUCUACAAAUUAUCGUGUUGUUUGGACACUGUACAGAAAUGGUGCAAGAUCAAACCACGCCAACGGUGCAGGAAUACUAUGAUGUUUGGAUUCAUAUUAAUUUUUUCAUUGUCUCUGUUCGGAAAACUUGCAGCCCUCAAAAUGAAAACAAAACCAGAGGAUUCUUUCGUAGCUUUGGCAACCAUGCCUCUCAUCAUCGUUGUCUAUUUUGGAUUUUGUUUCUCUGCUAACAAAAAAUUCAAACCAAGUCUCGCUGCUGACAAGUCCUGGACUAUGAUCUCGGUUAUUAUUUCUUCUCAUGCCUAUUUUCUGUACUACACUAUCGAAAAAGCAUUAAAAAUUGAGGAGCCCAUGUGCACAGCCGUUGUUCUUCUGCAAGUGUUCAUUUCAUUAUUCGGUGCGGGCAGCACCCUCGAUAUUUAUAUUUACGCCGAACAAAAGUUUGUGGAUUAUAAUGAGGAAGAAGUACUAUUGGAGUCAGUCAAAAUUAUGCCAAGGGAGCUGGAAAUGAAAUCUCAGCAUGCUGAAGAAAAACCGAUUGAAGUGAUUUUUGUUGGAGAUUCAUCGGAUUUUGAAGAGUCAAAUUUUGAUGAAGACGAUAUAAGCCCAUACUGCGAUUACUGCUACCUUGACUACAGUAACUUUAAGACUCCCCAAGUUUUCGUUCUAUGUGAAUAUACCAUCUGCGAAGAAUGCUUCAAAAAGCUCCUGCAAGAAGACGAAGAAUAA